GCCGUAGGACCCAACAGAAAUAUUGAAAAGGAAAGGCGCACAACUCUAUUUGUUGUGCUACAGACAACACAACACCACUUCCACUUACUUACUUUUUUCUCAAAUCCAUUUUCAUUUCACACACAAAUUACUUUCUUCAUCUUCUUCUUCUUGGGGUUUUGGUUAAUUCUGUUGUUUCAUUUUUAGUAAUAAUCAUGGGUGGUUUUCUUUGAGAAACAAAGUUAGGGGUUUUAUACUAUAAUAAAUGGGAAAUUGGUGCUGUAGGGGUCAACCUUCAAUUUACAGAGUCUCUUCUAAUGCAAAAUCUGGUAGUUUCAGACCACUUAUAGUUGGCUUGUCAAAUUUACUUCCUUUCAGAGUCUCCAAAGGAUGAAAGUCCAUCUCAAAAGGCAAGGAUGGAUCACAGUAAGAUGCCUUCGAAUCCUGAAGAAGUAGAAGACCUGCGUCGUAGCUCAGCUACAAAUCCAUUGAUUGCAUUCUCCUUUGAUGAACUUAAGAUAAUAACAUGCAACUUUAGACAAGAUUACAUGCUCGGUGGAGGAGGAUUCGGAAAUGUUUAUAAAGGAUAUAUUACUGAAGAUUUGAGGGAAGGAUUCCAGCCAAUUACAGUAGCUGUUAAGGUUCAUGAUGGGGAUAAUAGUUAUCAGGGACACAGGGAAUGGCUGGCUGAAGUGAUAUUUCUCGGCCAACUUUCUCACCCAAAUUUAGUAAAGUUGAUUGGUUACUGCUGUGAAGCUGAACAUCGAGUUCUUAUAUACGAGUAUAUGGCUCGGGGAAGUGUUGAAAACAAUUUGUUCUCAAGAGUAUUGCUUCCUCUUCGUUGGUCCAUUAGAAUGAAGAUUGCCUUUGGCGCAGCUAAGGGGCUCGCAUUUCUGCAUGAAGCUGAAAAACCUGUUAUCUAUCGAGAUUUUAAGACAUCUAAUAUCCUGUUAGAUCUGGACUACAAUACAAAACUCUCUGAUUUUGGCCUAGCUAAAGAUGGACCAGUUGGUGACAAAUCUCAUGUUUCUACUCGCAUAAUGGGAACCUAUGGAUAUGCUGCCCCUGAAUAUAUUAUGACAGGUCAUUUGACUCCUAGGAGUGAUGUUUAUAGUUUUGGAGUUGUUCUUCUCGAGCUUCUAACGGGAAGAAGAUCACUUGAUAAAUCGAAACCAGCCCGAGAACAAAACCUUACAGAUUGGGCAGUACCAUUGCUUAGAGAAAAGAAAAAACUGCUCAAUAUUAUAGAUCCAAGACUUGAUGGAGAUUAUCCCAUAAAAUCUGUUCAUAAGGCUGCAAUGCUUGCUUAUCAUUGCCUAAAUCGCAACCCGAAAGCACGACCUUUAAUGAGAGACAUUGUAGAUUCCUUAGAGCCUCUUCAGAUACCUGGUGAAGUUCCAACAAGUGAGAAGCCUACUUUGACUGUGAUCACUGAUACGCCAAAUGGAGUUAUGAAAGAGAAGGUGCAAACUUGAACAUGAUUACAAGGUUUUCUAACUUCCCUAGCAUUAAUAGAAGAUUUGAUACAAUAAUUUACUUUCCUGUAAUGCAUUACAAUGUUUGGCUUUUUGGUAAUACAAAUAAACACACUAUUUAUUUAGUCUCCCAA